CCAACACCUCUCAACCACCCAUAUCCACAAUGCCCGGCCUCAACCCAACGCAGGAGGACGUCGACAACUUUGUGGCCAUUACAGCGGCGACCCCAGCCGACGCAACACGCUUCCUCUCCAACGGCGUGUCGCUCGAGGGCGCAAUCGAAGACUACUACGCUGCGCAGGAGGCAGGCGACUACGGCGAGCACGCCGACGAGGAGGACGAGCUCGACGCGGCGCUGGCCGAGUCGGCUGCCGACGCCGCGCCAGGCGGCGCCCGUACGUUGAGCGGCGCGCCGGCCGAGGCGCUCCCCGAGGGCUGGGGGCGGCGCGGGCCCGCGCGUGUCGGCCGUAUCGGGCAGUGGGGCGGCGGCGAGGACGACGACGAGGACGAGGACGAGGCGGCGCGCCGGCGCGGAAACGAGCUGUACACUGGUGGCGAGCGCUCCGGCCUCGCGGUGCAGAACCCCGACCAGCGCGGCGGGCGUGGGCUCGUCGACGACAUCCUCAACCAGGCGAGGCAGGCUGGACCGCCUGCCGAGGAGCCGCAGCAGCAGGCGGCGGCGGCGAACCCGUGGGGCGGGGUCGGGCACACGCUCGGCUCGGACGAGACGCCAAGCGUGCAGGUUGGCGCUGGUGCGGCGUCGCGCGCCCCGCGCCAGCGCGUGCCUGGGGCCUUUGCGGACGAAGAUGACGACGAGGACGAGGAAGACGACGACGAGGCCGGCGCCGAGGUCGCGCGCCGCCGCGUCACCUUCUGGCGCGACGGCUUCAGCAUCGAGGACGGCGAGCUGUACCGGUACGACGAGCCGGGCAACCGCGAGCUGCUCGAGGCGAUCCAUGCCGGCCGUGCGCCGCUGAGCCUGUUCAACGUGCGGUUCGGACAGCGCAUCGAGCUGCUCGUCGACCAGCGCACAAACGAGGACUACACCCCGCCGCCGAAGGGCCCGCUCAAGGCCUUCUCUGGCGGCGGGAACCGGCUCGGCUCGCCCGCGCCCGCAGCAGCGUCGAGCAGCAGCGCGCCUGCGUCCGCUCCUGCCCCGGCCGCUGCGGCACCAGCCCGCGAGUUCAAGGUCGACGAUGCCAAGCCCACCACCUCCAUCCAGAUCCGCCUGGGCGACGGCACGCGCCUCGUCGCGCGCGUCAACCUCGACCACACGGUCGCCGACCUGCGCGCGUUUGUCGCCGCGUCCCGGCCUGACCCGCGCGCGUUCGUGCUCCAGACCACGUUCCCGUCGCGCGAGCUGCCCGACGGCGAGACGGUCGAGCAGGCAAAGCUCCAAAAUGCUGUCGUUGUGCAGCGCUUUGUUUAG